AUGGCGACUGGGGGAAAAGAAUCACCGCGUCCAUGUGGGCGGCAUGAAUCGCAGAUUCUGCACGCCCCUUCUCCGUUUGCCUCUGAGACGAUUAUGAAUGGCCUGUUCGAUAAAGAGGACAGCCCAAAAACGUUGUACGAGAAGCAGAAGACAACUGAGUAUCAGAUAGCGGAGCUUGCGUCGUUUUUCGGCGAUGUUGUUUGCGAAUGUUUCUUCUCCGUCGUGACCGAUCGCUUGCGCUCCUUGUUCUCCUGCGCGAAGUUGAGCAGUCAGCUGAAAUUGCUGUUCGGUGAAGAGCCGGUUAGCGUGCCUCCGCUCAAGGGGGCGGAGUCGCCCAAUGGACUGUCUAAAGGAGAUACCAUCUCUUUGAUGAUUAAGUUCAUUAACUACAACAGGACGAUCAGUCCUCUCUGGCGGGAUGCGUUGUUGACCAAGGAGUUGUCCUUGGCUAAGGCGGAAACAGUCGUCACCUUGAAACCUGAGAACCGAGAGGUGUGUUCUGCUUUGCGGUGCCUUAUUCGCAAAAUGCUCAGAGCUUACGAUUCAGACCGGACGGAUUCCAGCUCUGAUGAAGAGGCUGAGCCGAACAGUCGACCAUUCCCUUUGGCUACCACCUUCCCGAUUAUAGCCGCGGAUAAAAUAUCAGAGUACGCGUUCACUGUAGGUACAGUUGGUUUUUAUUAAUU